AUUCAUGUGCUCAGAGAAAAUCAUGAAGAUUUCAAGCAAUUUAAUCGUUCUAGUUUCAGUAUUUUUGUUGUUAAUUUCAUGGGUAAAUUCAACUCCAACUGCAAGUUUACAAAGUUUCAAACAAUGCCUCUCGUUCAAUUCCAGGAUUUCUUAUCCUUCCUCCAGUUUUUACACCCCACAAAAUUCUUCAUCUUUUUUUUCAAUCCUAAAUUCCACUGCCCAAAACCUCAGAUAUCUGGAGCCUUCAAAGCCCAAGCCUCAGUUUAUUUUCACGCCUUUGAAUGAACCCCAAGUCCAGGCAGCCGUUAUUUGCUCCAAAAUGCUCGGAUUUCAUCUGAGAGUCCGCAGCGGAGGCCAUGACUAUGAGGGUCUCUCCUAUGUCUCUGAAAUCGAAACGCCUUUUAUAAUCGUCGACCUCGCCAGGCUUCGAUCCGUCGACGUUGAUAUUCAACAAAACAACGCCUGGGUUCAGGCGGGUGCCACAGUCGGUGAAGUCUACUACAGAAUUGCAGAGAAAAGCCAAGUUCACGGCUUUCCUGCCGGCCUUUGCACAAGUUUAGGCAUUGGUGGGCACAUUACAGGCGGAGCUUACGGUUCCAUGAUGAGAAAAUACGGCCUUGGAGUUGACAAUGUUCUUGACGCCCGUAUGGUCAACGCCAAUGGCAGAAUUCUGGACCGAGCAGCCAUGGGAGAAGACCUCUUUUGGGCCAUAAGAGGCGGCGGAGGAGCAAGCUUUGGAGUCAUUCUCGCCUGGAAGAUAAAACUGGUUCCUGUACCAGCAACCGUCACAGUAUUUACAGUCACCAAGUCACUGGAGCAAGGCGCCACUAAAAUACUAUACAAAUGGCAACAAGUUGCAAAUAAACUUGAUGAGAAUCUCUUUAUUAGAGUUAUCAUUCAAACAAGCACAGGCCAAAACGGCACCAGAACAGUGACAAAUUCAUACAACGCCCUGUUUCUGGGCAACGCUGAAAGUCUCCUGAAGGUGAUGAAGAAGAGCUUCCCAGAAUUGGGUUUAACGCGAAAAGAUUGUAUUGAAACAAGCUGGAUCAAUUCUGUGCUUUUCAUCGCCGGGUAUCCGAGCAACAUAACUGCUGAAUUUCUUCUUCAGGGGAAGCCUUUUUCUCCCAAGUCGUAUUUCAAAGCGAAAUCAGAUUUUGUAAAAGAGCCGAUUCCUGAAACUGCACUUGAGGGGAUAUGGAAAAGGUUUUUACAGGAAGAUAAUCCGUUUUCAAUAUGGAAUCCGUACGGUGGAAUGAUGAGCAGGAUUUCAGAAUCUGCAACUCCUUUUCCUCAUAGAAAGGGGGUUUUGUUCAAAAUCCAGUACGGGACGUUUUGGGUGGAUGGAGAAAAGAGCGACGGAAAGCAUAUAGAUUGGAUAAGGAAGCUUUACAAAUACAUGACGCCUUAUGUUUCUCAGUCUCCCAGAGAAGCGUAUGUGAAUUACAGAGAUCUUGACCUGGGUAUCAACAAGAAGCGAUACACGAGCUACAGUCAGGCGAAGAUCUGGGGCGAGAAGUAUUUCAAGGAUAAUUUCAACAGAUUAGUGAAAGUAAAGACCAAAUUUGAUCCCGAAAAUUUCUUCAGGCAUGAACAGAGUAUUCCUCCUCUUCGAUUCUACCACUGAAAAGGCUUAACAGAUGAAUGAGUUUGUGUAUUUUAUUGAGUUGUUUGCAUUACUUUUGAAGCAGGAGGGCAGUUUGGUUAGUUAAAUAGAACAAAAAUUUUAGUCAUUUUCGCUUUCUGGAGCCAAGUGUUUCUCGUAAGAUUUGGACAUUUAAAUUCAUUCAGUUUAGUAGUUUUUAUA